AAUAGCAAGCUCCACACGAUGAAACGGCGCGGUGAGGGUGGGACACGAUAGUGCGUCACCGCAGAGCAUGCCGGGAAAGCAGCCAACAACCGCACUGACCCCCGCACAGAUGUUUAAAUAUAACGCCAAUAUAUUAGACCAAUGUUACUGACAAUGAAUUCCUAAGCUGUUUAAGUUAAGAAAAGUGGUGUCCAGUAUUUGUAAAGACCCUGUUUGUUCGGGAGCGUCUCCACUUCUACUUUCACUUUCGAUUUCACACAAAAUGGAGUAAAACGCGCUUCACGCCCAAGUUGAAGUUUCCUCCUCUCAGCGACCUGUCGAGUCGAGUCCUUCAAGCACGAUGACUGUCACAAGGGUCCCUCGCCUGUUUUUACUGAUUCUGGCGGAAUUGUACCUCACAGCCGGUGGAACAGUUGAAUCCAUCUAUGGAUUAAUAGGAAAAGAGGUGCAACUGAACCCAAAAGUGACCGGGGCCCUCAGCAGCAUCACCUGGAAGAAAGAGAAGGACAAAGUAGCUGAGUGGGACAGGAGUUUAGGACAUGAUUAUUAUGGCAGAUGUUCGACCGAAAACCAGUGUGAGCUGAAUCACUCUACUGGAGUGUUAGUAAUGAAAGGGUUAAAACGAGAAGAUGAAGGACUAUACUCUGCUGAAAUAAACAAUAAAGGACCUGCAAAGGAAUCUCAGCUCAUUGUACUCGAACCUGUGUCCAAACCCAACAUGACCACAUCCUGCAGUGAGACCCAGUGCAUCCUGACCUGUGUGGGAGAGGAGACUAAACACACCAAAUACUCCUGGAAAGAGAAUGGAAAAACUACACCUGGAAACACCUUGACAGUUCAGAAGAAGUGA